AUGGAACCGCCGCGAUGUUCGCCCCGCGGCUCCUGGAUUUCCAGAAGACGAAGUACGCGAGAGGGAGCCUCUGAUGCCUCAACCCGGGACUCCUGGCCAACGGAGAAGCAAAUCAAGAACACCUCCAGGUUCAUGAACCACCGAGUCCCCGCCCACAGGAGGUACCAGCCCACGGAGUAUGAGCAUGCCGCCAACUGCGCCACCCAUGCUCUCUGGAUCAUUCCCAGCAUCCUCGGCAGCUCCAACCUCUACUUCCUGUCGGACGAUGACUGGGAGACCAUCUCUGCCUGGAUCUACGGCCUCGGCCUCUGUGGGCUCUUCGUGGUGUCCACCGUGUUCCACACGAUCUCCUGGAAGAAGAGCCACCUCAGGACGGUGGAGCAUUGUCUGCACAUGUCCGACCGCAUGGUCAUCUAUUUCUUCAUCGCAGCCUCCUACGCGCCCUGGCUGAACCUUCGCGAGCUGGGCCCCUGGGCCUCCCACAUGCGGUGGCUGGUCUGGAUCAUGGCCUCUGUUGGCACCGUCUAUGUCUUCUUCUUCCAUGAGCGGUACAAGCUCGUGGAGCUGCUCUGCUACGUCGUCGUGGGCUUCUUACCUGCCCUGGUCAUCCUUUCCAUGGUAAGUUGCCCGCACCCGGCGUGGGGCCUCCCGUCUGGCUCGAGGGGACCCACAGUGGCUCUGGAGAUUGUCAGGUUGAACCUCCUCCUCUGGCAGACGAGGGACCUGUGGCCUGGGGUCAGCGUGACUUGGGUGCUGAGGCAGGAGAACGUGCAGCUCACCCCAGGGCUCGGCUCCCCGGUUCUACGGCACCUCCUCUCUCUGCUUCACCUCCAAUGAGUUCCUUAGUCCCUCGGGGCUCCAGUUCCCGC